CGAACAGUCUGCCACUUCCCCUAUCUCUUCUUCUUCCUCCUUUUCCUUCUCUUAGUCUUCCUUCGAGUCCAAGCUGAAAGAUCCGAACGCCCAUCUUCGUCCCCCUUCGAUCCGCCCCUCUCCGAGCUUCUUCGGGUCGCUGGAGUCUCUCCUGAGAUCUGGGUCCUUGGACCGCGUGCUUGAAGCGAGCUCCCCUGUUUCUUGAUCGGCGGAUAAGGUAGGAAGGCGCGGCGGCGGCGGCGGCGGUGGUGGCGGGGGGUGAAAGCAUGGAGAAGUACGAGCUGGUGAAGGACAUAGGAUCUGGCAACUUCGGGGUGGCCAGGCUCAUGAGGAACAAGGAGACGAAGGAGCUCGUCGCCAUGAAGUACAUCGAGCGUGGUCACAAGAUUGAUGAGAAUGUGGCUAGAGAGAUUAUGAAUCACAAGUCGCUUAUCCACCCGAACAUCAUCCGCUUCAAGGAGGUUGUUCUGACUCCUACUCAUCUCGCCAUCGUGAUGGAAUAUGCAGCUGGUGGGGAGUUGUUUGAGAGGAUCUGCAAUGCUGGGAGAUUUAGUGAGGAUGAGGCUAGGUAUUUCUUCCAGCAACUCAUCUCAGGAGUCAGCUAUUGCCAUGCCAUGCAAAUAUGUCAUAGAGAUUUGAAGCUGGAAAAUACUCUACUGGAUGGUAGCCCUGCACCUCGUCUGAAGAUAUGUGAUUUUGGUUAUUCAAAGUCAUCCAUUCUGCAUUCAAGACCCAAAUCGACAGUUGGAACUCCAGCAUACAUUGCACCAGAGGUUCUCUCUAGAAGGGAAUAUGAUGGCAAGAUGGCAGAUGUGUGGUCUUGUGGAGUAACUCUUUAUGUGAUGUUGGUUGGAGCGUAUCCAUUCGAAGACCCUCAAGACCCAAAGAAUUUUAGGAAAACUAUGAAUCGUAUAAUGGCUGUACAGUAUAAUAUCCCCGACUAUGUUCAUAUAUCUCAAGACUGUAAACACCUCCUUUCUCGCAUUUUUGUCGCAAGUCCAUCCAGGAGAACCACCAUCAAAGAAAUCAAGAGUCACCCAUGGUUCCUCAAGAAUUUACCAAGGGAAUUAACAGAAGCAGCUCAAGCCAUAGAAUACAGAAAAGGAAACCCGGGUGUCUGCCUUCAAAGUGAUGAAGAAAUCAUGAAAAUUGUGGAAGAGGCUAGAGUUCCCCCUCCUGCUUCCAGAACAGUUUCAGGCUUUGGUUGGGCAGGAGAAGACGACGACGAUGACGACGAUGGAGAGUUGAAGGAAGGAGACUUGAAAGAAGAAGACGUGGAGGAAGAUGACGAAGACGAGUAUGAGAAGAGAGUGAAGGAGGCACAAGCAAGUGGAGAAUUUCAGGUUACCUAGAUCUAUUCCUUGUCGGGGCCUCAUUGUUUUCUGUUAAUCCGAUCUUUGUUGCCUGUUGGCUCCAAUAAGUUUACUCUGUAAAUUUGGGUGUCAGAAGUGUCUGUAGGUUUUCAGGCUUGUUUAUGGUCUUGGCACGACUACAUAGGGUUUAUAGAUUGUCUUGAGUUUGGAGAUGUAGGCACAAAGCAUAGAUUUGACAGUCACUUUCAUUUUAUUUUAUUUUUUGUCUCGGAUGUUCGAGUCUAAAAUAGUACAAUGUGAAGGUAUAGGUAUAAGAAUAUGCAGUCCUUGCAUGGAUACAUAUCCUAGCCUGUGUACCGUCAUCGACCAUUGUCACAGGAGCGAUACCAGAUGUUAUGAGAGUCAGCUUAACCAUGUUUCUGUACCGUCUGUUGGUUUUUAGCGCAGUGACAUGUAUGAUCAGACAUUCUUUACUGGGGUUCUGUCCUACUUCAAUUGAACUUGUAAAACUUCUGUGAUAUUUCGUUUCCUUUUAAUGGAUGAGUGUCCAAAUUGC